UCUAGUGGACUGAGAGCAAGCAACAGUUUCAAAGCGACGAGCCAAGAUGAAGGAACAGUGGAAGAAGUUUGAUAGCGAUGCUGAUUUAUUGGUGCACGUGGAAGAGGGCAAGACAUUGCCAAUUAAAAUCGAAUUUCCAAUAUCAGCAUUUACUUCGAGCAUGAAUUGCUGUAGAAUAUUACUCAGCAGCUUAAGAAUCUUCGUCUUUUUAGGCUUCUUACUAAUCCUAGGUUGGACUGCUGCGGCUUUAUAUGCAAACUAUUUUUCAGUAACAAAACUCAAGUCAGAAAAAUAUGCAAUUAUUAGCGAGCAGCCCUUAUAUAAUAGUCAAGUUAAUAAAUUAUCCGUUCGAAAGGAUACGUACGAAGGAAUAAGCAAAAGUGCGGAUGGUCCUGCAGAAAAUAUUAUUAGUAUCACCACCGUGUCUACUCGUCAGAUUCACCAUAAUAAUGUUUAUGUAAAUCAACAGGGAGUCGGUACGAAGCCUUUGAUUUCCAAUGAUCAGAAUGUCAACGCGUCAAAAUCUCCUUCAGAUACUAAAAAUUUCGAUAAGACCGAGUCCUUUGUUAAUUACGAAGACUUAAAGCAGGAUAAUUUACAAAAUAGUAAUAAUGAAUUUAAAGAUGAGAUUAUUGAAAUAUUACCCACCAUCGUGCCAAUUACGAAUAGUGUUAAUAGUGAAAAUGAUAUAAUUGAAGAUAAUUCAAAUAAAUCGGCGGGUGAGAUUGAUAAGGUGUUUGAGGUUAUUCAAAACUUGUCAGAAAUUGAGAGUGCAGAUAUUGUAGGAAAUUUAUUAUUGGAAGAAAUUAUAAAUACCGUUUUGAGCAAUUCGAUGAGUCACGAGGACACGGAAUCUCAUGAAAAAUUGAUAUUUGAUAAUGAAGGGGAAAUUGAUAGCUCUGAGGAGAAAUUGGAAGGAAAUAACAACAAAGGCAGUAGUGAAGAGUUAGAGGAUAUAAAUGAAAAUCGCGAAAAGAUAUCAUUAGAAUCAGACAUAUCUAAUCAGGAUAAUUCGUUUCAAACUAAAGAUGAAAUAGAAGAUAAUAGUGAUGAGCAAGUGUGGUCUAUUUUCCAAGAAAGUUCAAAUGAUUCGAAUGAAAAUGAUAAACGUAUAGACGAAGAUAGCCUAUCAGCUUUUGAUCAUGUGGAAAACAGUGAUAAUGAACAAAUCAAAAGUUUUUUUCGGGAAGAAUCCGAUUCCGAAGAAGAGCAACAAAAUGAAGAAGAUGAUAACGUAGAAGAUGAAGAAGAUGAUGAUGAUGUUGAUGAUAAUGAUGAUGACGAAACAAAGAGGAAUACUAGCGAUGAGAGUACAUAUCAAUUAGAUAAAAUUAUGAACGAGAUUGCUAAUAGUUCAUUUUCCGAUGAAAUUCUUUCCGAUGACGAAUUAAAAACCAUUGGUAUUGAAAAUUUACCAAAAGAUGAGGAAUUACAUAAGAAGAUUUACGAAUUAUCUCAAAAAAGUUUUCCACUCCUGGCUGAGAAAUUAUUACCUAUCGUUAAUGAAAAUUAUGAGCUACUUGUUUGGUACUAUAAUGAUAAAGAUAAUUCAAAUUUAUUCAAUGUGCUUGACAAAUUGAAAGCUUCUACAGCUAAACUACUAUACAGUACAAAUAUUCGUGAAUUUCUCGACGAUUUGAAUGCAGUGAUAGAUCUAAUAGGACAAGAUUCUUACAACACGGACAGCAUAGAUCCUUUAGAUGAAAAAGACAAUAAGAUUAAGAAUUAUAUAAUACAUAGAUUAUCCAAAAAGAUGGAUAUGUACAAUUUUGUUAUAAAAUACCUUCAGUAUGACAGGAUUGCUACGUUAAUCCUAGAGGCGCUUAAUAAGUCAGAGCUGAGUCAACGAAAUUAUGAAGAUUUUGAAAUUAAUGAAUAUCUUGCAAAGGUAUUUGAAGAGGAAAAUAUGAAUGAUGAAAUGAUAAACGUAGAGGAGCCAAUAACAGAGAAUUACAACGUCUCAAAGAGACAAAGCUUAAAACUUUUAGAAACUAUAAAAAAAUUAAUAAAUAUGAAUGAUAACCUUUCGUCCGAACAACUUCUUAGACACAAUAAUGAAUUGCAAAAACAUUAUUUAAAAUAUUUAGAAGCAACUACUACGGAUUUAGAUGAAAUAAUGAAGCCGAUCGUGGGUGAACGGCAAACAAGUGCGUUUAUUAAUGAAAGUGAAGGUAAAUCAGAAGUGGUAACGACCGAAAAUGUAAACGUGGAAAAAUUAGACAAGUUGGAAGAUGAUUUGGAGAAAAAUUUCGAAUGGCUCAUUAGAUCUGAACAACUUCAUGAUUAUAAUAAUGAAGGCAUUGCUGAUACACUGUACUAUGAUGCAGCCGAUCAGUAUUAUGAUUGGUCAUUGUAAAUUAUUAACCGAAUUUUUGUUUUAAUACAAUAAAUAGGAGAUACAAGAAGAACUGAUUU